ACCGUUGGAGGAAAGGAGAGGGAGGCCCGCGCGCAGAGGACGUCGGCUCUGCACUCGGCUGGCUCGUCCCGGCCGGUGGUCACCCCUCCUGCAACGCCGCAGCAUGGUCCAACCCGCGGCGCGGGGGCGGGCCCAGUCUUGAAGAGCUGGCCUUUGAGUAGAAGGCGGGAAAAUGGCGGAUUCUUCGGGGCGCGGCGCCGGGAAGCCUUCCGCAGCCGGUCCCAACCCCUCUAGUGGUGCCAGGCCAAGAGGAAGGAGAGUCCAGGGUGGAAGAGUGGUUGAGUCUCGAUAUUUGCAGUAUGAGAAAAAAACAAAUAAAAAGCAGGUUCCUGCGGCAGAUGCGUUAAAAGCGAGUGGGAAAGCGCCGGAAGGUGGAAGGAAAGCCAGCCUGCUCCAGAGGAGCAAAGCAGAUGGCAGUGGCAUCGGGAAGGGAGACCUGCAGUCCACGCUGCUGGAAGGGCACGGCACAGCCCCGCCGGACCUGGACCUCUCUGCCAUUAAUGACAGAAGCGUGGUCAGAAGGACUCCACAGUUGGAAAAGACCUUGGCAAAGAAGACCGAGUCGACAUCGUUCACUACCCCACGGAAGAAGAGCCCCGAGCUGUUGGAAGUGAUGGAGAUGAUGGAAUCCCAGACGUUACUGCUGAGCCUGCUGACACUGAAGAUGGAGAACAGCCUGGCCGAGUUUGAGGAGAAGGCGGAGGGGAACCUGUUGAUAGUGUGUAGGGAGGAAGAGGCGCUGCAGGAGAAGGCCCACCAGCUGAGGCGCAGGCGCCACCUCUGCCAGAGGACCCGCGAGCUGGCCGAGGCCCUCGAUGCCCAGAUGGAGCUGCUCAGCCCCUUCGAGGCCGUGUGCGAGCGCUUCAAGGAGCAGUACCGGACGUUCGCCACAGCCCUGGACACCACGAGGCACGAGCUGCCCCUGAGGUCCAUCCACCUGGAGGGAGACGGGCACCAGCUCCUAGAUGCUCUGCAGCGUGACCUGGAGACCACCCACCGUCUCCUGGGGGAACUGGGCAUCGGCGGUGCAGAAGAAAACGAGCAGGUGCUGGCCUUGCUGAGCGAGCUCAGGGAUGUGACGAAGGACAAGGACCUGGCACUGCGGAGGAUCUUCUCCCAGGUGCUGGAACUUUCUGCUGAGGCGAGUAAAGAGGCAGCGCUGAUAAACCAGGAAGUCUGGGAAGAGACGCAAGGCCUGGUGACCCCCAGCCAGUGGUAUUUCAAUGCAGAUGGCGCCUUCAGGGACCCUCAGGGAGAGCCGAGGAGCUCAGUCCUCUCUGGGGACAACAAGCCACAUGCCCAGUGAAUCCACAUGCAGGCCUGUCCCCUACCCAAGCAAAGCCUUCCUUCCAGUAGUUGAGAAGAAAACCCAUGUUCUUCCUCUUUGCAGGUGGGAUUUGGAGGGACUCGUCUGGUAGUCUGGACAUUUGAGCACUUUAUACGCACUUUAGCAGUGUGGCUCUUUUGGUGCGGUAACCAUGUUUGCUGUUUAGAAAAUAAAAUGUUUGCAUUUGGG